CCGCGCACUGGGACAAUGCCGCUUGUGGUGUUUUGCGGGCUGCCGUACAGCGGGAAGAGCCGUCGCGCGGAGGCGCUACGCGGAGCGCUGGCUGCUGAGGGUCGCGCGGUGUACGUAGUGGACGACGCGGCAGUGCUGGGUGCCGAGGACCCGACCGUCUAUGGCGACUCAGCGCGUGAGAAGGCGUUGCGCGGAGCGCUGCGAGCCGCGGUGGAGCGGCGCUUAAGUCGCCAAGACGUGGUCAUCCUCGAUUCUCUUAACUACAUCAAGGGUUUCCGCUACGAGCUCUACUGUCUGGCGCGGGCGGCACGCACCCCGCUCUGCCUGGUCUACUGCGUGCAGCCUUGUGGUCCGAGCAGCGGACAUCUGAAGGCGGGCGCGGAGGAGAUCGGGAGCCGGAACGUGAAUGUGAGUUGGCGGCCGCGCUCUGAACAGGGCGGGAGACCUCUGGAGGCGGGCACCGGUGGCAUCAGAGAACCUCAAGCAGCCGGCUCUGAAGUAAAUGGGAGAUCCUGGGCCGAGGUACCUAGGGAACUGGAGCCAGGGGAAACCAGGGCGCCGAAUUCUCCAGCUCUUCUGAUUCCAGAGUCCGAGAAACCUGCAGAGCAUAUGUCCAGUGCCUUUUAUUCUCCCGAACUUCUGGAGGCCCUAACGCUGCGCUUUGAGCCUCCCGACUCUCGGAACCGCUGGGACCGGCCCCUGUUCACCUUGGUGGGCUUAGAGGAGCCCUUGCCUUUGGCGGAAAUCCGGACUGCCCUGUUUGAGAACCGGGCUCCUCCACCCCAUCAAGCCACACAGUCGCAGCCCCUUGCCUCCGGCAGCUUUCUGCAUCAGUUGGACCAGGUCACGAGCCAGGUGUUGGCAGGGCUGAUGGAAGCGCAGAAGAGCGCUGUCCCUGGGGAUUUGCUAACGCUUCCUGGCACCACGGAGCGCCUGCUGUUUACUCGGCCCCUUACCAUGGCAGAACUGAGCCGACUUCGACGCCAGUUUAUUUCCUACACCAAAAUGCACCCCAACAACGAGAACCUGCCGCAGCUAGCUAACAUGUUCCUGCAGUACCUAAGCCAGAGUUUGCACUAACCAGAGGGAGUAUGGGGGAAACCAUGGCUCCUGUGUAACCUCCCACUGCUCGCUAUUUUUCUGGGAAGAAUAAUCUGAAGGUCCAAAGACCAUAUUUAUGUGUGGUGCUAGAGCUAUUGUGAUUGAUACACUCAAACUUAUCCUGACCACCUCUGUCAGGCAUUAAGUUUAUACCACAAGUUGAGAUGAGAAAAAAUGGAGAACUAGCUUGGAGGAUCUUGUUAAAUUCUUCCAGACAACAGAGGUCAGGUGGACAGGGGUUGCUUAGAUUGUGUGCUACUUGGGAGAUCUCACAUUACUGAUUUCCCUUGUCUGAGUUGUGGGAGAGUAGACUAGAUGCGUGGUUUUUUUUAAAACAAUUGUAAACAGAAACAGUGAAGAUGGCGCAAUCCUACAUCUGCACAGCCCAUUUUAUGCCACAAAAAUUUAUUGAGUACUGUACCUGCUUUGUGCUGGCCUCAAUCCUGGGAACUGGAGUCACAGAUGAAUCCAUUUUCUGUCCUCGGGAUGCUCUGCCUCUAGUGGAGGUGAAACACGGAUCCACUAGAUUAUUUCCUCAAUAAAAUCUCUCUAAAAAAAAAGUCUGCUGACGUUUCUCUUAAAAAUAUGUAUGUGUGUGGAUUUAACUAUGAAAGGUUAAACGUGUCAAAGUUUAGAUACAUGUGUAUAUCAUCUUUACACCUUUGCCUGAAAUACUACUUUGAGAGUACUUGGUGAGACUGAAUGGUUUGGCCUAAUCCAGAUGAUUGUAUUACAGUGACUUCUCUAUCUAUUGUGCGUCAUUCUGUAUUUCAAGACAAAUAUUACGUGUGGUUUGUCUUUCAUUCCUUCAUUGAUUUCCUUAAACAAAGGCUGGGCACUUAGUAUUUACUAGUAUAUGCAAUAAGUUGUCAUUUGAGCCCUGAGGGCUUUAAGAGCUUCCUCUGGCCAAGACUGGGUCAGGUGGGUUAUAUUGUUC